AUGGCAAAGAAUCCCAAGCCUACUCAGGAUGACGCAGACCUCAGGUCUGACGGAGUACAGCGGCGUGCUGCACCGUCAUUUUAUUCCGUUUGUUCUACUGGUUCUGAGACCAAGGAUAGACGAAAGUCACGCAAAGCAGAGACGAAAUCACGCAGAGAUUCGACAACCUCGAUUACGAAGAAGCCCAAAAGAAAGAAUGACAAAACGACGCAUAGAAAGUGUCUCCGAGUGAUGAGCAAUAUUGAGGAGGAGUUUCAAGAGGUUCUUGAGGAGAGAGAUGGAGAGAACCACGAUCUUUCUCAGUUGCUGGACCAGCUCAAAGCCGAGAAAGCGCAAAAGACUUCGGAAUUGCAAAUCGCUGUCACGGCAAUGGAUACUGCAUUAGCCGAGCACCAGAAGCUCCAGCGUGAGAUUUGCCAAUUGCAGCAGCAGCUGGAGUCCACGAACACCGCGCUGCAAGAUCAGGUCCCGUGGAAUGAUAUACAGCUAGUGUUGGAUCAGGCACACGCAGAGCUGGUAUCCGCCACCACUCGAUUCUGGAGCGCAAUCGACGCCCUCCAUAACAGACGUCUGGCAUCCUAUUUGCCAGGCUCCGGAAUGAUCCAGGCAGAAUGGCCCGACCAGGGCGGCGCGGGUCCCCUUGGCCACGAUAUGCUCCCCAGCAUCUCCCAAUCGAACAAUGACAAUGUCCCGCUUGGUACUCAACAUGAACUACCUACCACCAACUGA